ACUCUGUUGCACACAUAAUUGUGGAGCGCAGGCGCACACAUGCCCUGCAGAUCUUGUUUGGAAUAGCACCCUUGUUACUCAAGGAGACAGACACCAUGGAUUUGAUAAAUAAAAUGAAAAACGAUGCAGAGACUGAUGUUCCCUCAUGCCAGGGAUCCAGAGAGCAAUCUGUACUAAUGGUCUCUUCCACUCCACCAGUAGCUGUGAAGUUACCACCUACAACCUCAACAGACAAACAGAGCCCUCUGGGGGAUGAAAAGAGGAAUGCAAGAGUGAUGGAGCUUAUCACAGUCACCGUGAAUCCCCAGUUCCGUGUCAGCCGAUUGGAUCUCAAAGAGGAGCUUCCCAAAACCCCCAAAGAAGAGACCCCUGAUGAGCCCAAAGAUAAUGACACAAAGGCGCCUUAUCAAGAUUCUGAGGGGAGAGACAGUCCCAUUGUUGACCCCUCCAUGUGUUUGUGUGAUACUUGUGGUUGUCGCCACAUGGUAGGAGGCACAUGUGAGACCUGCGGUGAUAUCUGUCACUUUAGAGAAAGCAAGUCCCUAAUUCUGGAGACAUUACCAAGUUUUGGGGUUAGCAGCGAGGUCCCUAAACCAGUCAAGAAACGGAGACCCAAGGAAUAUCAAAGUCCAGCAGAGUCGGAGCUUGACCAACUGGAGAAGCAGAGAGAACGACAACCUAUAGGAGACUGUCAAGAGUCCAAACUUAGGAGCCCCGAGAGGGAGGACUGGCUCCGGAGAGAUACACGUGUUUCAGGAGAUGAGAUCGGGGAGUCCUGGUCAUGGACGGUCUACCUUGAGGAUCAGAAAUGUGUUGCUGCGCCGCUGAAUCUCUUUCGGGAGUGGCAGUUGGGGACACAGCAUAAGAAUGGAUUUAAAGUGGGCAUGAAAUUAGAGGGGACAGACCCUCAGCACCCUUCCAUGUACUUCAUCCUGACUGUGGCUGAGGUUUGCGGUUUUCGGAUAAGGCUUCAUUUUGAUGGAUAUUCAGACUGCCAUGAUUUUUGGGUGAAUGCUGACUCACCAGAUAUUCAUCCAGCGGGCUGGUGUGAAAAAACUGAACACAAAUUACAGCCCCCCAAAGGGUAUAAAGAUGAGGAUUUUAGUUGGACCAACUAUUUGAGAUUGACUAAGGCUCCUGUUGCCCCAAAGCAUCUGUUUGUGUCUCCUAAAAUUGGUAUGCCACAGUCCCUCUUUCAAGUGGGGAUGAAGUUAGAAGCUGUAGAUAGAAUGAACCCUUCCCUAAUCUGCGUAGCAAGUGUCACUGAUGUGGUGGAAGACAGAUUUCUUGUGCAUUUUGACAACUGGGGGGACACUUAUGACUACUGGUGUGAUCCCAGCAGCCCUUAUGUCCAUCCUGUAGGCUGGUGCCAAGUACAUGGGAAACCACUCACGCCACCUCAAGAUUAUCCAGACCCUAAUAACUUCACAUGGGACAGAUACCUGGCGGAGACUGGGGCCACAGCGGUGCCUUCCAGGGCUUUCCAUAUGCGGCCCCCGCACGGAUUCAAAGUCAACAUGAGGCUUGAAGCUGUAGAUAGACGAAGCCCAUCGCUGAUCCGUGUUGCGUCUGUGGUUGAUGUGGAGGAAUGUAGGAUAAAGGUUCACUUUGAUGGCUGGAGCCACCUUUAUGAUUUCUGGCUGGAUGCUGACCACCCAGACUUGCACCCUGCAGGCUGGUGCCAAAGAACCGGACACCCCCUACAGACACCACUCCGGCACAGGGAUGUUCCCAGUGUGUCUCCAGGAACUUGCGUGUCCCUCAGCUGCAAGGGGAUACCCCACUCGCGGAGCACUAAAUACAGCUUUCAGCAUAGGAAGUGCCCAACUCCAGGAUGUGAUGGUUCUGGUCAUGUCACUGGGAGAUUCACAGCUCAUCACUGUCUCUCUGGCUGUCCUUUAGCUGAUAGGAAUCAGCAACCGGCAAGGAGCAGAACUCCCAUACCCUUUACUCCACGCAGGAAGUCCAGGCACCACGGCAGGAUUGGACGUCCUCCCAAAUACCGCAGGGUCCAGCAAGACAAUUACCAAGACACAGUGCAUGAGUCCCUUUUCAUGUCCGCUCUGUCCGUGCACCCGGAUCGUGCCCUUGCUCACUGCUGGGAGCAGCACUGCCGCCUCCUGCCAGGCGUGGCUGGCAUCAGCGCCAACACAGUAUCUAAGUGGAGCACAGAAGAGGUAUUUAGCUUUGUGCAGACACUGACUGGGUGUGAGGACCAGGCCAGGCUUUUUAGAGAUGAGAUGAUAGAUGGACAGGCACUUCUGCUUCUGACCCAGACAGACAUUGUAAAGAUCCUAUGCAUCAAGCUGGGACCAGCUGUCAAAAUCUACAACUCCAUCCUCAUGUUCAAGAAUACAGAGGACGCUGUGGACUGAUAGUUGUACCGCUCUUUUCUCCUUAUCCAUUUACGCACAACUCCAACAUAUCACCGCCAACAGUCUUGUAGUUUCUCACUUUGCAACACGUCAACUCACCGAAAACCAUUGAUGUGGCUUGGUUAAGCUAUACAGUGCCAAAUA